AUGGCCAUGGUUGUGCACCAUCACCACCUGCGCCCCUACCUCGCCACUGCCACCGCGCUCUUCCUCGCACUCACUAUCGCGCCUCUCGCCGCCGGGGACCCGCUGGGCCAGCUCUGCGGUACCAGCGGCAACUACACGCGCAACAGCACCUACCAGGCCAACAUCCAGCGCCUCGCCGCCACGCUGCCCAGGAACACCUCCGCCUCCCCGACGCUCUUCGCCACGGACACCGUCGGCGCCGUCCCGGACAUCGUCUACGCGCUCGCGCUCUGCCGCGGCGACGCCAACGCCUCCGCCUGCGGCGACUGCGUCGCCACCGCGUUCCAGGACGCGCAGCAGCUGUGCGCCUACAACAAGGACGCCACCGUGUUCUACGACCCCUGCCUCCUCCGCUACUCCAACCAAAACUUCCUCGCUGACACCAACAGCGACGGCCGCGGGACCGCGCUCAUCCUCAUGAACACGCAGAACGUCACCGCGCCGUUCAAGGUGUUCGACGCCGCCGUCGCCGUGCUCCUCAAUGCCACCGCCACCUACGCGGCCGCCAACUCGUCCAAGAGGUUCGGCACCGGGGUGGAGGCGUUCCAGAGCUUCGACAGCAAUAACCCGAGGAUCUACGGGCUGGCACAGUGCACGCCGGACAUGUCGCCGGCCGACUGCCGGAGCUGCCUCUCGGGUAUUAUUCAGACGGGCGCCAAGUACUUCAGCGGGAAGCAGGGUGGCAGGGUUCUUGAUCUGCGGUGCAACUACAGGUACGAGCAGUACUCGUUCUUCACAACCACCCCGCUGCUUCAGCUGCCGGAACCUACCGUGGGGGCCCCAGCGCCGGCGCCAGCGCCCGCGGUGGUGAACGGAACGCCAACGCCACCGACGACCGGAGGAGCACGAGGAACAAAAGGAAACAAAACUGGUAGAGCUUUAGCCAUUGCACUGCCUAUAGUUGCUGCAAUACUAGCUACUAUAGUACUUUGUUCAUGCCUCUGGAGGAGGAAGAGGAAAACGCCAGGGAAGUCAACACUACCAGACACAACUAAUCCAGAGGACAUACAAAGUAUUGAUUCUCUCAUUAUUGAUAUAUCAACUUUGCGAGCUGCAACAGAAAACUUUGAUGAAGCCAAUAAGCUCGGUGAAGGAGGUUUUGGUUCAGUAUAUAAGGGGAUACUGUCAGACGGGCAAGAGAUAGCAGUCAAGAAACUUUUAGGAAGAGCCGGGUCUGGGUUGGAUCAGCUACAAAAUGAGGUGCAGGGUUUCUGCUCGCAUCAUGAUGAUACACUUCUAGUUUAUGAAUACAUCAAGAAUGGGAGCCUUGACAGCAUUCUAUUCGGUACUUCCCUCUUCAUUGACCUCUUCAGAUGCAUAUCCAGAAUUCCAUUGUCGGGGGUCAUGGUCUGGGAUCACUGGAAGAAAGGGACGAUGUCACAAAUGCUUCACCGGUCGCUGAAUGAGUUUGCUCGAAGCCAAGCGCUGCGAUGCAUCCACAUUGGUCUGCUGUGCGUCCAGCCGGAACCUGACGAUAGGCCUGACAUAUCAGCCGUAGUGUUUAUGUUAACCAGGGAUAGCAUAGAGCUCCAGCCGCCGGCGCAGCCUGCAUUCUUCUUCGGUAGUGAAUCACCUUCAGCUUCACGGUCAAAUGGUCAAAGCAGCUAUGUAUAUGACCGGUCUCGUUUCAUGUUGGAACAGGGCGUCUCUGUGAAUGGGGUUACACUCAGUGAACUGUAUCCUAGAUAA